UCAGUCAGCUACGACGUAUCCUGUUCCAGCACUGUAAUGAAAGUAGUUGUAAUGAUGAAUGACCCAGACGCAGUAAUCUACCUUGACAAGCUCAGAGGUUAUCCAGACUGCCAGGCGGAAAUCAACGCAGGGCGAGCAACGUUUCUUCUUCCCCUAGACAACAUCAACGCCUGUGGUACAAUCCGAGUCCUUAACAAGAUAACGGGAGAGAGAAUUUUCUAUCACAGAGUUGUCAUUGACCACCAGAUGGAGCCAAAAGAGAUCAUUUUAGUGAAGUGUAUUAUUCCUAGCGGGUCUCACCAGUUAUCUUGGCAUAAUAAAACCAAAAGAAACGUUCUUCCUGAGAACUUUGUUGAACCCGAGUGA